AUUGCUUCCCAUUUUCCCAUGGAGGUUGUGGCCGCCGCCGGCAAAAAGCGCAAAGGCCAAGAACCAUUGGGGAUUGGCAAUGGCGUGAGCGAGAGCAGCCUCGAUCUCAUCAGCAGGCUCCCUGAUGAGGUACUGGGCACCGUCAUCUCCCUCCUCCCCACUAAGGCCGGCGCCCGCACCCAGAUCCUCUCCCGCCGGUGGCGCCCUCUCUGGCGCGCGGCACCCCUCAACCUAGGUGUCGACAGCGACCUCAGCGGCCAGGAGCGGAAGCGAAUCAUCUUCGUCCCCAAGAUCCUCUCCGACCACCCGGGCCCCGCCCGUCGCUUCGCCCUCCCCGGCAUCCGCCUCCGCGACCGCUACGCCAGAAUCGAUGGCUGGUUGCGCUCCCGGGCCCUCACCGGCCUCCGGGAGAUCGAGUUUCGCUACGAGAUCGAGAACUCACAGCUGCCCUACCCGCUACCGCCGUCCGCGUUACGCUUCGCGCCCACCCUCUGUGUUGCUGACUUUGGCAACUGCGAUUUCCCAAGAGAGAUGGCGCCAUUGCUCAAGUUUCCCUGCCUCAAGCAGCUCACCCUGUAUAAGGUCAUCGUGUUGGAAGAUGCUCUUCACAGCCUCCUCUGUGGUUGCCCUGUUCUUGAGAGCCUCUUGCUGUAUGACAAUUUCGGCUUUGGUCGCCUCCGCAUUAACUCGCCCACUCUAAGGAGCAUUGGCAUCAGUGUUUCCUGCUUUGGGGAGAGAGUUGAAAAUCAUACCAAACUCCAAUAUCUUAUUGUAGAAGAUGCCCCUUGCCUUGAAAGAUUGCUAUCACUUAGCCCGUACAAUGGUCCGGCAACAAUCCGGGUCGUGCGUGCUCCAAAACUAGAGAUAUUGGGCUUGCGGUCCAAUGACAUCACUAGACUUGAUCUUGGAACCACUGUUUUUCAGAAAAUGAUUGCCCUAAGCUUGACAACCUCGAUGCGCACUGUAAAGGUUUUGGCCCUUGGCUCUUGUGGGCCUAAUCUGGAUUCAGUUGUUGACUUCCUCAAGUGUUUCCCCUGCUUGCAGAAGCUUUAUGUCGAGUCUCACCUACAGAAGAGUAGGAAAAAUAAACGGAGCUAUAAUCCACUGGAUCCAGUUGAAUGCCUUGAGUCUCAUCUUAGACAAGUGGUUGUGAUGAAUUAUCGUGGCAUGAGACCUGAUGUUGACUUUGCCAAGUUCUUUGUUCUGAAUGCAAAAGUUCUAAAGAAAAUGGUAUUUGGAUCCGGUUACGCCAACACUACCAACAGUGAUAAUUGGAUGACUAAUCAACACAGACGGCUUCAACUGGACAAAAGAGCUUCUCAAGGUGCUCGGUUUAAAUUCAUAGGUUUUUCUGAUUUGAUUCUACACAAAAGCUACAAGAUGACGCAUGAUUUGAGGAUGGAUGAUCCCUUUGACAGCCACCUCUGCAGAUGAUGCAUGAAGAUUCAGUGCCCAUUAAGAAGAUUAUCUUGUCUUUAUGUGUAAUGCCCAAAGUUUAGUUUUCCUGCUCUUAUUCAUAGCCUUUAAUUUGUUGCUUUGCAAUUUUUGCAUAUUUUUAUUGAAGUUGCAAACAGUAUCGGUAUGUGUGCAAAUUCGUUGCAACAGCUAACUUUACAUCCCUGUCUAUCUUUUAGAGACAUAUACUUUUUUUAUGUGGUAAGCCUCAAUUCUUGUUUUAGCA